CGUCAAUUCGUGGCCAAACCAAUAGAUGUUGUCCUUAUCUCUCUCACUCACUCACUCACUCUCAAAAUCAUCCUCCUCACCAAACAGCUUUUACAAGCCUUGAAUCACUGAUAACUAAGUUGGCGAAUUAUUCGAUUCGUACAGGUAUGGCAGCGAUUACCACGUUACUGCCGCAUAUGUGCCCCAAAGUCUCUUAUACAAAGAAUGCCAUAGUCUGUUUUGGAAUGCCCUCUCGUCACUUCGGAAGUUCUUUAUGGAAAGUGAAUCACUUACAGGAGCUGGUGGUGAGGAAACACAAAGCACGUGCAAGGAGUUUGUCUAGGAAGAUAAUUUCUAAUGGAUAUGUGGAGAAGGAUUCAUAUAAAACUAAAAUUUAUAAAAGGCUGGAUUCUUGCUUGGUUAUCCCCCCACCAGCGGGUAAGAAGCCUCGGGCAAUUAUCAAGUUCCUGGGAGGUGCCUUUGUUGGAGCUGUUCCUGAAGUUACAUAUAGCUAUUUAAUCGAGCUUUUGGCAAAGGAAGGCUAUCUUGUAAUCUCCGUACCGUAUAAUGUGACAUUUGAUCAUUCUGAAGCUGCUACGGAAGUGUAUGAAAAAUUUAAUGCUUGCUUGGAUAUGAUCUUAGCAUCUGGAAUUCCUGAUGCUAAUCUGGCAGCCAAAGAUCUUAUUGAUCUUCCUAUUUUUUCUGUUGGUCAUAGCAAUGGUGCACUUCUUCAGUUGCUGACGGGAAGCUAUUUUGGUGAAAAGAUACCAAAGGCUAAUGCUAUAAUCUCAUUCAACAACAGGCCAGCAUCAGAGGCUGUCCCAUACUUUGAACAGUUUGGUCCUCUAGUAAGUCAAAUGGUGCCUGUAGUGGAAGCAUCUCCCGUAUAUUCACUGGCUACAAGCGCUUCAGAAGAUGCAUGGAAGGCAUUGCUUGAUGCAGCUGGAGCGAUCGCACAAGAAUAUGAUCAAGAAGCCAGGGUGUCUUUCAAUAAAUUUGUCAAUCAGUUGCCCUCGGUUAUGAAUCAGGUUACCCAAGGAAUAUCUGAAUUCAAGCCAACACCUGCUGAGAACCGUGAUUGCUUUAUGAACUCUUACAGUGUACCUCACACACUACUAGUGAAAUUCAGUUCUGAUGCAAUUGAUGAAACAGAUGUGGUUGAAGAGAUCUUGAAGCCACGCAUAGAAUCUGUUGGUGGCACACUUGAAAAAGUCACAUUAAGUGGCACUCAUCUCACACCAUGUAUACAGGAUAUCAAAUGGCAAGUAGGUUACGCAUACACACCAGUAGACGCUAUUGCUCAAAGUCUUAAAACUCUCUCCGUAAACGACACUAGGGUUCUCGCACGAACCGUCACGGACUGGUUUAAGAGCUUUGAGACCUAGCGAGCCAAAAUGCGUUAGACUCCACGUGCACAUAGACCCUAUUACAAUUUACAAAUUACAAAGCAUAUAAUUUUCACAUUAGAGUUAUUAUCUUACUGAAUCAAUUUGGAUGAGAUCCAAUUAAGGUACGCUAUGAACUUGUACGUAUCAGGAAUGAAUCUGUAUGCUCUAAUCUUGCCCUAUUCGAUGUACUGGUGACUUAUUAUUGAAUUACAAUUACAUGUUUGUAUACAAACA